AUUGUCUUCAUCAUGACCAUCAUCUCUCUGCUCCUGCUGGUCUCUCUGCUGCCACACCUGACCUUCACUGCUCGUGCGAAUGUGGGUAUAGUGAACGGCAGGGAAGCAAAACCCCACUCCAGACCUUACAUGGUUUCUGUACAGAAGGACAAGGAACAUAUCUGCGGUGGAUUCCUCAUCUCUGAUAGAUUUGUCAUGACUGCUGCACAUUGCCGAGACAAUGCUCCAGUUGUGACGGUUGUGCUAGGUGCACAUGACCUACAGAAAAAGAAUUCAGUCCGAUUCACAGUGGAUUCAUACCAUCAGCAUCCAGAAUACACCAUGGGAUCCUGUGAUAAUGACAUCAUGCUUUUGAAGUUAGAAAAAAAUGUACAACUAAACAACAAUAUCAAGUGGAUAUCCAUACCAGCGGAAGAAGGUGAUAUCAAAGCAGGUUCUGUUUGCAGUGUCGCAGGCUGGGGACUUUUAGAAACUAAAGGCAAGAGAAGCGAUCACCUCAUGGAGACAAACGUGACGGUCAUGAAUAACAAGAAAUGUGAAAGUAAAUGGGGGAAGGAGAACUUUUCCGCUUCACAGAUGAUGUGUGUAUAUGGAGAUGGAGGAAGCUGUGAUGGGGAUUCAGGAGGUCCUUUGGUUUGUGGAGACACUGCAAUUGGUGUCACUUCCUUUGGUGACCCUGAUCUCUGCAAUUCACCUGAGCUACCUGAAGUUUAUACUAAGAUUUCAGCAUAUAUUCCAUGGAUAAAGAACAUAAUUGGAAAUGUCAAUUGAAACUUGCAGAUAAAAUGGGGUGAUUUUUGUUUUGUUUUUUGGUUGAGUUGAUUUUCUUCCCAAUUUGUCUUUUGAUAAAAAUAUCAUGCAUUGAUAUCCUGUCUAGAGAUUUUAAUGAAUCAGAAAUGGUGUUUUAAACCAGAUAUGAAACUGCAGACAGACAGUUUGAUAUUUGAAGACAACCAUC